AUGGCAGCCACGAUUAAUGAUGAUACACAAUCAAUAGUUGUUGGAAAUGGUAGUGAUCGAGUUGCUAUUAAUUUAAAACAAGGGCCAGUAGAUCAAUCACAAUCAUUUCUCUUAACAUCGAUAUUAAUUGAAAUGGGCGAUAUUGAAAUACGUAUUCGUCGAUCAGCUCAAGGAACAGAUCAAUAUAAAAAGAGAGAAGCUAGUUUACCAACAUCUGUACGAUCUGCACCGAUUACCUAUCAAAAUGGUAAUCAAGAGAAAAAGAAUACAGCAGAGGAAAAACCGAAUGCACAUCAGACACAUUGGGAUUAUUCAAUAUCUCAUGGUCCACAUAUGUGGGGUCGAAUAUUUCCUCAGAUUCAAUGUAAAAAAUUUCAAUCACCAAUUCGAAUUUAUACUGAUCAAUGUGAAUAUGAACCGGAAUUAACUCGACGCCCAUUUGUAUUUCAUGCGGAUGAAAAUUGUUGUCAAACACUUGAAAAUACAGGUCAUUCAUUUCAAGUAUCCGGUAAAGGUUCUAGCAGUAUUAGUGGUGGUCCUGUUCCGGAUGAAUAUCGAUUUCUUCAAUUUCAUAUGCAUUGGGGUUCAAAUGAUCUCGAAGGUGCUGAGCAUGUUGUUGAUGGUGUUCGUUUACCGGGUGAAUUACAUAUUGUAACAUGGAAUACAAGUAGAUAUCGAACACCACAAGCCGCUGCUGCAUCCGAACAAUUUGAUGGUUUAAUGGUUUUUGGUAUAUUAAUUAAAAUUGCACCAUCUGAUAAUCAAGAAGUUGAUAAAUUACUUAAUCUAUUUUCAAAAAUUAUUCAUAAAGGUGAAAAAGUUGAUCUUGACGAUGAAACUGUUUCAUUAAAAAAAUUAAUGCCAAAGAAUAUGCAAGAUUAUUAUACAUAUGAUGGUUCAUUAACAACACCUAUGUGUUCUGAAAGUGUUCGAUGGAUAGUUUUUCGUGAACAAAUGGGUCUUUCACGACGUCAAUUUGAUCAAUUACGUCAAUUAAAACAUGCAUGUAAAGGAGAGAAUAGUACAACGAAUGGAAAUAUAAGUCAAAAUUUUCGACCGGUGAUGCCACUCAAUGGACGUCUUGUCUAUCGCUCAUUUUGCUAA